UUGAUUUUGCUAUCGGUAUCCGCCAUUUGCAAAGCAGUCUGCGGUGUCAGUGCAGGAGCAGCGAAAUUAUGUACUACCUACCACUUUAGCCUUGGUAGAAUGGAGGACAGAGACAAAGCACUUUUAGAUGGAGACAAAGACAAAGCACUUUUAGAUGCAGGAGACAAAGACAAGAAAGCAUCAGGUGGAGACAAAGACAAGAAAGCAUCAGGCGGUGAUCAACCAUUAGGGCAUCAAAGAGACAACUUCAAACUGUUCGGUGGAGAUAAAGACCCUAAUAAUUAGGGACUUUCUUUCAUGAGGAGAACUUGUUGAAGAAUUUGUGGUAGGCCUGAAAUUAUCAGUAUGGUGCGUGAUUCAACGUACUGACUCAACCUCAACAAGCAACAGGUCUAGAACCACUAGAGCUGAAGAACUAUUCACAGACCUACGUACCACUGUGACUGUCACUAUUAGUAAUACAGGAGCUAGACGGUAUCUACAGAUCUCUGUCUUUUUAGCCUUGUACGUAGUUGCUUUUGAUGUCUGUAUUUUACCUUCAGACUCUAACACGCGAUGGUGAGGGAACUGAGGAAGCGAAAUGUAGUACGACGUCCGGGUCCUCGACUUCGUCAAGCUCUUCUUCUAGUAAAAACGGGGAUCAGAUUCUUAAGGCUAGAUUUAUUUGACACCAGGAGCCUCCACCAUUUGCUUGUCAGUCUGAAGUGAUACUAGCAUGGACGCCGACUAGAAAAAUCUUCUAGGCUGUGCUGUAAGAGAGAAAAAUAUAGAUGAUAAUCUUCUUGUAGGCGGAAAUGAUAAUCUUCAAGGUGGAAAGUCAAAGUAAAGUCGAACGGAUUUGAGGUCCUCUAACUCCACUCGCAUCCCCCAGGCCGAUCCUGGCGACUUAGCAACGAAGGAAUGCACACAGGAGACGGCUGUGACCUUCAUAGGUCUUCUUCUUGGGAUGUUGUUGUUAAGGCCCAACCCUAUAUAUGUAGUAAGAAGGGUUUAACUUGAUGAAAUGAAAGUUCAUUAAUCUUUGUCUUUGAUGUUUCUUAUGUUUCUUCGCGGAUACAUACUUACUAGAUAAAGCACUUUUUAUACCCCACGAUUGGGUACACUACUACUUUCUUAGGCAUACACAUGAAUAUGAAGUAAAAAGGAAGACAUAACAGGCUGGAAGAUCGAACCUUGUAGAAAGGGGGAUGCUCUCUUAACUUCUGGUUUGUAAGAAAGAAGAGGGAUGCUACCCUAACUUGGGCUUCUGGUAGCCUACUUACCAGAGGGUUCGUCUCUUCACAGUCCUAUACUUUCAGUUUCUAAUACUAGCAAAAUUAUGCGGUAGCGAGUCCUCUUCCGGACAGCAGGGUUCUGCAGGAGGAGAGGAGACGACAUUUUGGAACUCGUUUUCGCUCAGCUGGGGACUCUUUUUGUUUCUCACUGCAGUGCAUGUUUAAGGCUCGUCUCGGUGCAGAUAUUUGAUCAAUUGAUCUUCUGGUGCGUGGAGAUAUAGAUAGGUAAUCGAUUGAUCAUUCACAUGUAGAAAAGUGUUCCUCUACGUAGUUUUUCGAGUAGACAUGAAGAGCUCGGAAAGACGUUCCAUGCGGACACGACGUGAAUUGAUCAUCCACAAGUAGUUUGUGGAAAGGUUUUUCCUUACGUAUAUUAAGGGUAGGUUAAAGGUGCUUUUGUUACCGCUUGUUCUGCCUCUCUCCCUUAGGUGGAGAAAGGCAUAACAAGCGGGAUAAACGAACACCAACAACCUACCUCUAAGCAUAACGGAGAGAGUUGGAGCACUUACUUCUUUUUGAAGGAAUCCUUGAAAAAUGUUGAACUUGUGACAGGAAGUGACGCUGACGAGGUGAACUCAACACACCUACGUGUCAUGAGGGUAAGGAGCCUAGGCUCGUCUAACAUUUAUGGGCCAAUUAUCGUGCGGUGAGGUGCCUGAAUCUGCGCUUUCUGAAUCGCACGCGAACCUAUCUAUUGGUCCAGAGUUUUCUGAAAGAGCAACAGAUAAAGGAUCAUGGCAAUACAUCUUCUGGAGGGCAGUCCUUGAGUUAUGGAUGUAGUUUUUUCUGUCUUUCAGACUAUCGAGGCUCGUCGUCCACCUCCCCUUUUUAUUUAUACUUCACUUUCAAGGGGAAAAGGAGCGGCAGCCUAGAGAUGAAUUAUAUUAAAUGGGAAAAAACCAAACCUACUCCAUAUGAGUGUACGGAGCAUCAAUCGGCGUGAGACAUUGUACCAGUGGUUUCGAGUCAAUUGUUACCGUCGACGGCCGAAAAUAGCGGAGAUAUCCUGUGCGGAAGCUCAGAGGGCCUACUUGCGAAGCUUGAGGGAUUGCACGGAGCAAAGGCGGUUACUACAGAAGGAUGAGCAUGAGAAGAACUUUCUUGACAUUACGAGGUUAGAAGUUGCUACUCCUAGAGAGGCUUUUGCUACUCGUGCAGUAAACGAUUGUUAGAAUGGGAUACUCAGCCGUCUGGUACUUGUUGUACUAGUUCAGCUUCAGUAAGCGAUUGUUUUUGCUAGAAUACUAGGACUGAAGAUCACAGUCUUGCUGAGGGUCUUCUUGGAGAAAAAGCAUCAUGAGAUUUAUGAAAAAUACGAUUACUUGUCUUCUUCUAAUGAAAGCGUGGGCAUCAAUAAAGCAGAUACAACAGUUUUGCCGGCAGAAAUGCUACUGUCUUCGGAGAUCCUUGAGAAGCACCAGUUGGCCAGCAAGGAUAAAGAGUCAAGUAGACGAACUCUCGUCACUGACAAAGAUUAUGUCGCACGACUGUGUUUAGUGUCACGAAUGGCUAUAUCAGAGACACGAUAGAGAUGGAGCCACUCAGUCAUGGUUUUAUCAGGGAUACACACACACCCACAGUUGAGGAAUGACAGUGUUUAGUGGAACACGACUGUGUUUAGUGGAGGUCCUCAGUCACAGCUUUUACUUGAAGAACGCACGACCUCCUACUCUUCGAAGAUGCUACUUAUAGAUACCAUAAUGAAUUUCUAACCACUCGGUAGGUAUGCAGUUGGACGAAUUGAGGGUGCUUGGACAGCCUUUUUGAAUUAGGGCUUCCCCUCAUGAUCUCCCAUUUUGAGAGAACAAGCUAUCUUAGAAGGAGAGACGGCUGUAGGGGAAAAAGGCACCCAGCUAGGAUGCAUCUCGCAUCCGGAAGAGACGGCUUCAAGGGGAAAAGACAUUCUCCAGGAUGCAUUCGUCUCGAGAUCGAUGCAUCCACCUAGGUCGCUUUUCCCCUUGAGAGCGUCUCUCCUUCUAGGAUGACUUCUCUCAAAAUGGGAGAGAUCGUUACGCUCUAAUUGGAGCAGAACUGCAAUGACAUGGAUAAGUUGGAGAGUUAUUUCGAGGUGUGCAAGAAAACACUACUUCUUCAGAACGAUAAGGUUGCAGAGGAGUUAAGGCUCAGGAGAGGCAGAAGACGUAGAUGAUGAAGUAGAAGACCUAGAUGGUGAAGACGUAGAUGAGCUAAGGAAAAUGGAGAAGCGAGUGCUCUGUACAUUUCGCUUCUAUUAUAAGUCGUAUUUGUCCUCGGGGAAGUCUUAGGCAGAUCGCCGAGUGGAUUAGCCUCAUCAUAAGUCGCGUUUGUAAGUAAAAGGAUCGAAAAGCUGACCUGUAGUGAUGAUGUAGAAGCACUUCCUCGUAUCAUGGUCCUUGUUUGGGAUGCAGAAUGUUGACCACACUCUUGUUGGUCGAGAACAAGAGAGCACUCGUCCUAUAGAAAAUGAUGUGUGGUGUAGAAGCACAUCUUGGUCCAAAAGAGAAGAAGAAAAUGAAACGCUGAAACUUAUUGAUACUCGCCUCGCUAUAAGACGAGAAGAAGUAGAAGAAAGAUCUCGCUCUAAUAAAAGCCUCGUUCGAAAAGUUUUUGGGAAGUUUGAGGACGCAGGGAUGGGAUCUAGAUCCGAGAAGCUUUCGAUUGCAACCUGGAAAAUGGCGGUUGAAACUCAAUGCUUAGAGGCGUUUGAGAAUGAAACCGUAGAGGCGCUUGAGACUAUAAUUAUAAGGCCUCACUUAAUCCAUCUUUUGGCCCAUCUGUGGACUGUUUUCAAGAAGAAAAACGGAAGCAGACGAGGGAAAAGAUGGAUUGUGGUGAGUUCUAAUAGGAGAAGUGGCGCUUCAGCUAGCCACUACUUAAUCCAUUAAAGAAGAAGUGGCGCUUCAGCUAGCCACUACUUAAUCCAUUAAAGAAGAAGUGGCCCUUCAGUUAGCCACUACUUAAUCCAUAGAAGAAGAAGUGGUGCCUCAGUUAGGCUUACAUGUGUGUCGUCAGGCAUAUGCAACAUGACGCCCCUAUGGCAUGAUUCAUUGUAUUGUCGUCCAUCAUUUUAUAUAUUGUAAUGCCUUGAUGAGAAUGAGAUUAGAAAAACGACCCUUAUUGGUAUGCGCAUGAUUGAUAGUCUCAGUCACGACGACCGCAAUCCGUGAAGAUACAGAUGAGCUGCCGUUGUAGUCGCGUAGUUUGAUUGUUUGAGAGCCUUGAACGUUCGUAGGAGGUAUUACUUCAUCCCUGGGUGGCCUCAUAGGAGGUAGACACAAGUUGCUACACAAGAGGCCGCGCCAGCAUAUCAUGACAUAACUAUGUAUAACUGUAAUGUUGUUCUUGUGCUGUCGGUCAUAUACUUAUUUGCUGUUCCUUCAUGUGAAGCUCGUCAGAUAGCAUUCCUGUUGCGAAACGACCUUACAGAUUGUCACAAAACCUUCUUGCUAGCACUGUCGUAUGAAGCUGCUCUGUCUUCAUUGUGGAAGCGGGGUUGUCAGUCUUCAUUGUUGUGUCAGUCUUCAUCGAUGUAGAAAUUAUGGGGUCAGAUCUGCAAGAUGGCCGAUUGUUGAUAAAAUUGACUUGAAAUCAACUACCUUUCACUCACGAACGUGCCUAGCAAGAGGCGUGUAGCCACGACACACUUCCUACAUACUUAUUACUGAUCAUUCAUUUUCAGAACGUGAUAAGUAUAGAUAUUUCGCAUAUUGACUCAUAGCAUAUAUUGCAUUUCUUGCGAUGCUUUUGAAAAAAGCAUUGGCAUUCAACGUGAGUCAAUUGCCCUCACUUUUCUCCUCCGAAGAUAACAGUGCCACGUAGAGCCUGUGUCACGUAGAGCAGCGCCUCAUAAGACGAUGUCGACGAGGUUGCUCUCUCCAUGCCAAAUGCAGACUUUUAAAUUUUUCUAUGAACCAACAGGAAGGAAAAGCAUUGCCGAAAUUGAAGCAAAUUGAGGAACUAAAGAAAUUUGAAGAAGGUAGUUGACCCUACUUCACGUUGGACUCUAAUCAGACACACAUUAUUCCCUGGUGUCGUUGUCGCAGCUCGUCUGAGCAGUGAUGAGCCUCUCCUUCUUCGCUGACCCGUUUGCUGACCCGAGCAAGAAAGUACUGGUGAAAAAUGGCCUCGA